CAGAUGCUGAGGAACAUGGAGGCCUCCCUGACAGCCCGGGAUCGCGUGGGCAUCCAGGAUUUUGUUCUGCUGGACGACUACACGAGUGAGAGUGCCUUUCUGGACAACCUGAGGAAACGCUUCCAUGAGAAUCUCAUUUACACCUACAUUGGAACUCUCUUGGUGUCGGUCAACCCAUAUAAAGACUUAGAUAUCUACAGCAAGAAGCAAAUGGAUACCUACGUGGGUGUGAACUUCUUUGAGCUGCCACCUCAUAUUUAUGCGCUCGCAGACAACGUCUUCCGCACCAUGCUGUCCGAGUUCAACAACCACUUCAUCCUGAUCUCAGGGGAGAGUGGGGCCGGCAAGACCGAGACCUCCAAGAAAAUCCUGCAAUUCUAUGCUGUCAGUUGUCCAAGUACCAAACUCCUGAACAACGUCCGCGACAGGCUGCUUCUCUCCAACCCAGUGCUUGAGGCUUUCGGAAACGCCAAAACCCUGAAGAAUGACAACUCAAGCCGCUUUGGGAAAUACAUGGACAUCCAGUUCAACCACCAGGGGGGUGCAGUUGGUGGUCACAUCCUGAGUUACCUGCUGGAGAAGUCCCGUGUGGUCCACCAGAACCACGGGGAGAGAAAUUUCCACAUCUUCUAUCAGCUGGUGGAGGGAGGAGAGGAAGAUCUGCUCCGCUGGCUCGGCCUGGAGAGAAACUGCCAGAACUACAAUUACCUGGUGCAGGGUGAUUGUGCCAAAGUUAGCUCUAUCAAUGAUAAAAGUGACUGGACGACGGUGCGGAGAGCCCUCUCUGUCAUAGAGAUCAGUGAGAGUGAUAUUGAGCACCUGUUUGGAAUAAUUGCUAGUGUGCUCCAUCUGGGAAAUGUCAAGUUUGAAGCAGAUGUUCGAGGAUACGCCUCUCUCAACAACAACCAGGAGAUGCACUGGGUGUCAAAGUUGCUGGGGAUUCCUACUCAGGUGCUACAACAGGGCUUAACCCACAGGAAGAUUGAAGCCAAAACAGAGGAGGUGUUUAGUCCCUUCUCUGUGGACCAUGCAGUAUAUGCCAGGGACGCCCUCGCCAAAGCAAUCUAUGGCCGCACUUUCAACUGGCUGGUCAACAAGAUCAAUGAAUCUUUAGUUAACAAGGAUUCCUCCAGGAAAACAGUAAUUGGUCUGUUGGACAUCUAUGGUUUCGAGGUUUUAAACGUGAACAGCUUUGAGCAGUUUUGCAUCAACUACUGCAACGAGAAGCUGCAGCAGCUUUUCAUCCAGCUGACCCUCAAGUCAGAGCAGGAGGAGUACGAGAUGGAAGGGAUUGAAUGGGAACCAGUGCCAUUUUUCAACAACAAGAUAAUCUGUGAUCUCGUGGAGGUGAAACACAGAGGAAUCAUAUCUUUAUUGGACGAGGAGUGUUUACGUCCUGGAGAGGCCACAGAUCUCACCUUCCUAGAGAAGAUGGAGGAAACGAUUGGUGGUCACCCUCAUUUCGUCACACAUAAACUUGCCGACCAAAAGACAAGGAAGUCAUUGGACAGAGGAGACUUCCGCCUCUUGCACUACGCUGGGGAGGUUACAUACUGUGUUGUUGGAUUCUUGGACAAAAACAAUGAUCUCUUGUAUCGAAAUGGGAAAGAGGUCAUGCGACAGUCCAAGAACGCUAUUAUCAAACACUGUUUUCCUUCUUCUGAACCGGACAGCAAGAGGAGACCUGAAACUGUGAUGACUCAGUUCAAGAGCAGCCUAGUGGGCUUGACUGAGAUCCUAAUGUCCAAAGAGCCCUGGUAUGUCCGCUGCAUUAAACCCAAUGACGCUAAGCAGCCAGGACGCUUUGAUGAUGUGUUGGUGAGACAUCAGGUGAAGUACCUGGGGCUGAUGGAGCAUCUGAGGGUCAGACGCGCUGGGUUUGCUUACCGACGCAAAUACGACAUAUUUCUCCAGAGGUAUAAGGCUCUGUGUCCUGACACCUGGCCCAACUGGAAAGGUACGGCAGCAGAAGGCGUGCGGUGCCUGAUCAAACACCUGGGCUACAAACCUGAUGAGUACAAGAUGGGCAGGACAAAAAUUUUCAUCCGGCACCCUAGAACUCUGUUUGCAACCGAAGACACCUUUCAGGUCUGCAAACAUAAGCUAGCAACAAGGAUUCAGGCGAAGUACAAAGGCUACAGAGUGAAAGGAGACUACCUGAAGCAGAGAGAGGCUGCCACGAAGAUUGAGACCUGCUGGAGAGGUCUGCUGGCCAGAAAGGAGCGUGUAAAGAGGGCAUGGGCUACCAAAGUCAUCAAGAAAUUCAUUAAAGGUUUCAUGACUCGAAACCAGCCGGCCUGCGUUGACAACAGUGAGUACCUGUCGUACGUGAGGCAGAACUACCUCACACGUCUGAGGGACAACCUUCCCAAAACCGUCUUGGAAAAAGACUCUUGGCUCACUCCUCCUCCGAUAAUGAAGGAGUUGUCCCAGCUGUUGAAGAAGCUCUACAUUCGUCACAUGGUGCAGAAGUACGUCCGAGGAAUCACUCCACAGAGGAAAGCACAGCUUCUGCUAAAAGCACAGACAAGCUCCAUGUUCAAAGGAAAAAAAGAAAACUACCCCUUCAGUGUGUGCAGACCGUUCGUGGACACCAGAAUUAAUGCAGAAGACAUAAGCAUCAAAGUGCUUCAGAUGAUACGGCAUGAGCACAUCAAGUACAGUGUGCCGGUGGUGAAGUACGACAGGAACGGGUUCAGGCCUCGUCUCCGGCAGCUCAUCUUCACCCAGAAAGCCGCCUACCUGGUCGAGGAGGCCAAGAUCAAGCAACGGAUGGAUUACAUCUCUCUGAACGGUGUAUCAGUCAGCAACCUGAGUGACAACUUCCUGAUCCUUCACGUUACAUGCGAUGACAUCAAGCAAAAGGGGGAUCUGGUUCUGCAGUGUGACUACCUGUUUGAAGCCUUGACUAAGCUGAGUCUUAUUGCCAACAAGCAGAACUGUACCAAAGUGGUCCAGGGCAGUGUGCGAUUUGACAUCCAGCCUGGCAGAGAGGGGUUUGUGGACUUCAAGAGUGGUCAGGAGUCAAUGGUCUACAGGGCAAAGAACGGCCAUUUGAUGGUGGAAUCUACCAGAACCAAGUCCAGAUGA